AUGAAUCGAAAUGAGGCCCUGAGAGCCAGGGGAGGAUGCUCUGUUUGGGGCUGCGAAGAGCCCAUAUUUGCAGAGUCUCUCUGCUCUAAACACCAGACGGUUGGCCAUAAUGCUGCUUUCAAGCCUCCUGGCGCUGAGCCAAUGCCUCGGUCUGUACACAAGGCAAAGAGGACCCGGCGCUUCUCCCCCGGACGUACAACGAUUGGUCCCGCACAGAGUAAUCUUCAGCGAUCCACGCCUUCUGCAUAUCGGAACGACUCCACUCUGGCACACCCUGCUAAUGCCACGGAGGUGCCAGCUUCAGCUUUUGCUCGUCAGUUCCCAAAACAAAACCCAAGCCAUGUUCUUGCGCAUCCAGCGUCACCAGCAACAACAAGGCCCGUCAUGACAAAGCAGGUCCGAGCAGCCACAGAAUUCUUACCGGCGGCCUACGCAGUCACGACAAGGUCUGCACUGUCGGAACCGCGAGAGCCUUACUUUGCAUUGAGGCCCGAUCAGGGUCAUUCUGCACAUGUACAUCAAAGUCGCAAUAGAGAUGCGCCAGCGGGCCAAUAUGCACCACCAAACACCCUUCCCAGAAAACACCUCGCCCUUAUCGGCGGCUUGGUUGACGUUGAGGAAGGAUUGACACCGACUUUGAAUUUACCUAAUCCUCCACCGACUGCCUUUUCCAUUUCGUCCAGUAUUGUUACAGGUAUUAAUGGCCCCCCAACGGCGACUUCAUCUUCUCGGGCUGGAGACACAAGCUCGGAGGAGUCAAGUUCCAUCACUGUAGCUCAACCGCCAAGCCGGAGAAAGCCGGAGCCGAUUAAUAACAAUAGGCGUGAGGGACCUACUAUCCACGUAUUCCAAAAAUCCGAUCAAAUUUUGCAAAGCAAAGAAAAUAUUCCAAUUCAUAUAUCUCCUUUAAAGAGGAAAGCCGAUCUUUCAGAUACGCUGCCAAAAAUCAAAGACUCCCUUGUUCAACAGAAAGGAGACGGACGCUCUACUCUAUUGGAAAAAGAACGGCAAACAAAAGCACGAAAUUCAAACUAUCAAGAAGCCAUCUAUGGAAGCGCUCCGCCAACCAAAUCUUCUAAAUGUCAAAGCCACGUUCCUAGUAGUGAGCAAGCUGCAAAUCAACCUCGUACCCCGAGAAAAGUCCAGAUACCAAAUACGCUGGUAUCUACAAUAGAGACUGUACAGACCAAUGAUAGGGGCCAGCUUGAAAAUCAUACACGUGUGCAAAUCGAAAUCUUGGAUUCCGAUGACGAGACCAUCAUUGACAUUCCUCAACAACCACAACAGCCCAAGCCUUUGGCAGCUGCAACAAAAGAUGCACAGAAGAAUAUGGCUUGUCCAGCUUCCACUAUUGGAACAGACGGUUUCAUAGUGGUGGACCAAACAGUGGUGGACCACACGGUGCUGGUGGCAACGCAGGCGAUAGCAGAGGAGCGCAACAAGGACAAGGCCCGUGUCUUUGACUCAGACGCCUUUGAUGCAAUGAUAUAUCGCCAGUCUACGCUCCGUCCGCCGCCAGGGGUUGCGUCACAGGCUCCAGCCCGACCGAAAACGCCGGUUAAAAAACCUCCUGUUGAGUAUCGGAGGCAGUAUUUGCCAAUUAAUCCCGCAAUUCAUUUACCAAUUAAACGAUCUGAGGAGUGGCACACAAAAAAGGCACUAGAGAUCCAAGCCCGCGGAAGACGCAAGGCGUGGUUUGGAAAAGUCAUUGAAAGGCGACGGUGGCUACGAGCAAAAGAAAAGGCGGAGGAAGACGAGCGAAGUGCAGCUAAAGAACCAAAUCAAAAACCUUUGCGCAUAGACCCGCAACCCUGGUCAUACAAUCGAGUCAUCGAUUUUGGAGAUGUUCCUCACGAGGAAUUGCCAGAGGAUGUUCUACAGAACCCCGCGUGGGCUAAGGCGUGUGCCUGGCACCGAGAGAAUCAUGCAAAGAGGAUUUUUCGAGAGCGCGCAGCCAAGAAUGCAAAUCGAGCAGCAUGGGAUCAAGCCGAACGUGUCAUGGAGGAUGCCAAACUAGCAUUACAAAAGAGCCGCGGGCCUUGA